AUGGGCGCCUACCCGCUGGCGGCAGCGCUGGCGCUGGCGCUGGUGGCGACUGUUGCGCCAGCAAAGUUCAGGAUCCCGUUGCUUAAGCUGCCCAUGUACUUUGGCCACACCCUGCUGAGAGUGAACCGCCCCUAUAACGAGGACCGCUACGCCGCCACCGUGCUUGAUAUCAACGACGAAAAGGUGUUCCUGUUCGCGGUAUUUGACGGCCACGGCGGCUCCGAGUGCUCGUCGUGGCUCGAGGAGAACUUGGCGAAAGUAGUAGAGCAGGGCGACGAUAUCAACAUGGACAAGCUUGCCCGGGACUACGCGAAGAACAUCAACGGCUAUUGGCGCCGGUGGUACAAGCACCGCAAGAGCCACAUGGACCUGUUGCGCGGCGCCCCGCUUUCGCUCAGUGACGCCAGCGCCCGCCACUUGAACCUCCGCCAGCGGCUCCCGGCGCUGUACUUGGACGCUGACUACCAGUUCUGUCUGCUGUCGCAGAAGCUGGGGCUGACGUGCACCAACGCCUUCUUCGAGACGGUGAUCGGCACCCCCACCGACUACUACUUCAUGCGGAACACGGUGCUGAUCAUGACCAUCGCCCACGUCGGCGACACCAAGGCGAUCCUCGUUGACCGCAACGGCGAGGCGCACGCGCUCACGCAGCCGCACCACCCGCUGAACCCCGUGGAGCUGGAGCGCCUCAACAAGUACGCCACGGCGUUCAUGACCGACUCCUUUGGCGAAGAGCGGUUCAUCGCCCUUGCCAACACCCGCGCCUUUGGCGACGUUAAAUUCAAGCAGAUGGGCGUGUCCGCCGAACCUGAAAUCUCGCAACUUGUCGUCGGCGACGCCCUGGCGGUGCUGGCACACUUGACACCUGAAGAAAUCGCCAAGUACACCAUCGGCGGCCUUGGCGGCAACGAGCUGUUCCUCGUGCUUUGUCUGGACGGCAUUACCGACGUGUUGACCGACCAGGAAAUCGCUGACAUUGUCAUGGUCCACUAUAACAACCGCGGCACCACCGUGGCCACGCCGCAGUUGGGCGCCGAAGAAGUGGUGAAAUUUGUUGAGUUUGUCGGCGGCGACGACAACGCCACCUGUCUUGUGGUGCGCCUCAACGGGUGGGGGAUGUGGCCUGUCACCGAUAGAACCGGCGAGCUCCGCCAGUCGCGCCUCUCCGACUACAACCCAAGACAAAGAAGAGAAUGA